GUUUCAGGAUCAAACACAACCACAGUCAAUGAGAAAAGGGCUUUGAGCCGACAGGACGCAGAGAUCUCAGGUAACCCCCCUCCUCCUCAAGUCUCCAAACAAGGACGACCAGGAGAGGAGAAAGAAAGAGUCCAAUACAAGGGGAAAUAAGCGAUUUUUGAUGAAUAAGGAUUUUCGGAUACUCGGAUACACACUGGGGAUAUCUGGAGAAAAGAGGAAAAACACUACACUUACACAAAGGCAAUUUUCCUCUGCGCUACACAAGGGAAAAGUGGGAUUUUUCGCACGGAGAUGAAGACGAAAAAAGGUCUGAUGAUGCUGUCAGGGAGCGAGACCGAUGACGAGGACAGUGUGGACGCCCCUCUGGAUCUGUCGUCCAGCGCGGGGAGCAACGGGAAAAGGAAACGGCGGGGGAAUCUGCCCAAAGAGUCAGUUCAGAUCCUCCGGGACUGGCUGUAUGAGCACCGAUACAACGCGUACCCCUCUGAGCAGGAGAAAGCCCUCCUUUCCAAGCAGACGCAGCUUUCAACACUGCAGGUGUGCAACUGGUUCAUCAACGCCCGGCGGCGACUUCUCCCAGAGAUGCUAAGGAAAGAUGGCAAAGACCCGAACCAGUUCACCAUUUCCAGGAAAGGCAGCAAAGCUGGUGACAGUUUCUCUGACAGCUCGCAGUCACCCAAACACAGCAGCCCGGUGCCCUCCACCGCCGACGAGAGCUAUGACAAACGCGUCCUCCACCCUUCCAGCUUUGAACCUGCCGUACCCAGCGUCCUGAGAAAAGCCGUCUCCCCCUCCCUACCCUCUCCAACCUCCCUGUCCCCGUCUCCAGGCCUCAUCCCCACCCGGCCUUCUGUCAUCUGUCACACUACUGUCACGGCGGCGAUACAAGCACCCCCCUCCGUGCCGGGGAUGAACUGCGAUAGAGCGGAGGAGCUGCUGCAGCACGCACAGGCGCUGCUCAGGUGCAGGGAGGAAGUGCCGCUCUCCGCUACCAACACCACCACUACUACCACCAUCCUCAGCAGCACCGGCAUGGAGGGCAACCUGAGCCCCCGCAGCGGGCUCUUCAACACCCCUCCCCCCACUCCUCCGGACCUCACACAGGACUUCAGCGGCUUCCAGCUCCUGGUGGACGUGGCUCUGAAACGAGCCGCGGAGAUGGAGCUGCAGGCCAAACAGCUGGUCUCCUAAAAAGGGACAAAAAGACGAAGAAGAAGAGGAGGGAAAAGAGACCAACUUUGCGUCUCUGACUGUAGAGCUCUUCUUGAGUUCGGUGACUUUUUCUGCACGCAACAGAGAACAAACACAUAAAAGCCUGAUCAUUUCUAUUUUUGGUAUACCAAUCAAGUUUGACAAGGAUGUUUUUUUAUGGAGAACUGUAUCAAGGUGCCUUGGCUGUUAGUUGUUUAUUCAUUUCACAUACACGCGUAUGUAUCGACAUGUGUAUCUUAUUUGCACACAGGGACCAAAAAAUGUAAACAGAGAAAUGCUGCCUGUCUUAUGUCUUUCCAUUAUACUGUGUAUCAUUGUAGAGAGCUAGAAGCAGCCCUCAUCCACACCCACGUUUACUGUCACACAUUUCACAGAUCAGUUCAUGCUCGGUCUGCCUCGUUUGUUUUGCACACUUUAGGCAGAGGAAGGUCAUCUCAGUGUCUUAAACAUACUUUGCUCUUGGCAUCUAUGACAAACUUUAUUCACUACUGUAGUAAAUGUUAUGUGUUUUCAUGAGUAUAAGUAUAGUUUUGAUUUUGUAUUUACUUUUAGCUAUUUUUUAAAGAAAAAACCUCUAUGCUUUUGUUUUUUUACUUUGCCCAUCAAGGGAUAUUUCAGAUGACCAAUGUAGCAGGUUCUUAGUCUGAGCCUUCAUCCCGACAUCACUCAGCGGAGAAAAAACGGCCAGUGGACUGGAUAAUUGAAACACUACAGAUGUCUUUUUCUGCAUUCUGCUGUUUUUAUGACCAGACAAAGACAGCAUUGUUUUGAAAUCACCAAAAACAAGCAUUUUCAUGUAUAAUAGGACCAUUUAUGUGUAUAGUUAAUGUGACACCAUGCCCAAUGAUGUGAUUUCUUUUCAUACUGUGCAAUGUUUGUGGCAAAUAGGGGUCACAUGGGAUUCAAAUAAAGUUUUGUUUUUCUACA